AUGUCCGCCGCCGAGGCCGAGGCCGAGGCCGAGGCCGAGGCUGGCGUCAGCGAACAGCAGGAGCUCAUAUCUCAGCAGCCCCAGGGCAGGCCACGGCCGAGCUCGCGGGCUCCACGUCGACUCGGCAGUGCGGCCAUGCUCGGACUCGCGACCAUCCUCGCCUGCACCAGCGUGGCCGCCCUGUUGCAGUUUCGGGCGCAGGGGUCGUCCAUCCCCGCCAUGCGCUCUGGCGUCACGGAUGCGGUGGGUCUGCACGAGAUGCGGGCCAGAGGCGACAACGACCUGGACUUGAGAAGUUUGGAGGCGCCCGCCGGGACCGCAGCGGCCAAUUCAACCAAGGCGCUCCUUGAGAAGAUGUACAGCGAGAUCGAUGCUCUCAAGGCGAACACGGAGACGUUCAACGCCAUUUUGGAGUCGCUGACGCCCAACGUGACGCUCUGCGGGAAGCUGGUCUGUGCCAAGAACUCGACUUGCUGCGGGGCGGCCCAGAAUGGGAUGUGCUGCGGCGCCGACGCCACGUGCUGCGGCAGCGCCAGGAGCCCGGGCGCCGAGAUCUGCUGCGGCAAGGGCUCCGAGUGCUUCGACGGGAUCUGCUGCGCACGAGGGGCGCUGCAGUGUGGCGGCAUCUGCUGCAACGCGGGCGACGUCUGCUGUGGCGGCAUCUGUGGCGCGAGGGGAUCCGAGUGCAACAACGGCGUCCUCUCGGCGAGGUGA